GUGUGUUGCCGAGAAUUGAAGAAAAUGGCCAGAACCAAGCAGACAGCGCGUAAAUCCACCGGAGGGAAAGCUCCCCGCAAGCAGCUGGCGACCAAAGCGGCCCGCAAGAGCGCUCCGGCCACGGGCGGAGUGAAGAAGCCUCAUCGCUACAGGCCCGGCACAGUAGCUCUGCGGGAGAUCCGCCGCUACCAGAAAUCGACCGAGCUGCUGAUCCGCAAACUGCCCUUCCAGCGCCUGGUGCGGGAGAUCGCUCAGGAUUUCAAGACCGACCUGCGGUUCUAGAGCUCGGCCGUGAUGGCCCUGCAGGAGGCCAGCGAGGCUUACCUGGUGGGGCUGUUUGAGGACACCAACUUGUGUGCUAUCCACGCCAAGCGAGUCACCAUCAUGCCGAAAGACAUCCAGCUGGCCCGCCGGAUCCGCGGGGAGCGCCUGGAGGUGCCUGGGGAUGAUGCGGGUCUUCUUGUUGUCCCGGGCUGCGUUACCAGCCAGCUCGAGGAUUUCAGCCGUCAGAUACUUGAGCACAGCAGCCAGAUAGACCGGCGCUCCGGCACCCACACGCUCAGCACAGUUACCCUUUCUCAGGAGCCUGUGAACACGGCCCACCGGGAACUGCAGACCAGCCCGGGACGACCGGGACUUCGCCUUAGACUGGUGUACUUGGUCACCGCCUUUGUACCCUCCGACACGGCGUGCUUGGCCAACUCCCCGGGCAGCAGCAGCCGCACGGCGGUCUGGAUCUCCCGGGAACUGAUGGUGCUGCGCUUGUUAGGCAAAGGAGGCAAAGGCCUGGGAAAAGGCGGAGCGAAGCGGCACCGGAAAGUGCUCCGUGAUAACAUCCAGGGCAUCACGAAACCAGCCAUCCGGCGCCUGGCUCGCCGUGGUGGGGUCAAGCGCAUCUCGGGCUUGAUCUACGAGGAGACCCGCGGGGUACUGAAGGUUUUCCUGGAGAAUGUGAUCAGGGAUGCGGUCACCUACACUGAGCACGCCAAGCGCAAGACCGUCACUGCCAUGGAUGUGCAGCAAAGUGUAUGUGUGUUGCAGGGGAUGGCCAGAACCAAACAGACAGCGCGUAAAUCAACCGGAGGGAAAGCUCCCCGCAAGCAGCUGGCGACCAAAGCGGCCCGCAAGAGUGCGCCGGCCACGGGCGGAGUGAAGAAGCCUCAUCGCUACAGACCCGGCACGGUAGCUUUGCGGGAGAUCCGCCGCUACCAGAAAUCGACCGAGCUGCUGAUCCGCAAACUGCCCUUCCAGCGCCUGGUGCGGGAGAUCGCUCAGGACUUCAAGACCGACCUGCGGUUCCAGAACUCGGCCGUGAUGGCCUUGCAGGAGGCCAGCGAGGCUUACCUGGUGGGGCUGUUUGAGGACACCAACCUGUGUGCCAUCCACGCCAAGCGAGUCACUAUCAUGCCCAAAGACAUCCAGCUGGCCCGCCGGAUCCGCGGGGAGCGCGCUUAAACGGAGCGUGCCCGGACCCGCACGUUA